AGUACACAUCAUGACCUGUCCUGGCGUGCAGCCCAUUGCCCUCCAAUACCUUCUGGGACAGCAAAUUGCGAUGCUAUCGGGGACUUUUUCACAACCUACACCGGUCUGGCACACUGCGAAAAUGGAGACACUUUUGUUUACAGCGGCAGUGCCACUAGCAUGUGCGCCGAACAAGGCGAAAUCUCACGCAUGAAGGGACAUCGAAGAAUCCUUGCUCUGGGACAUGAUGAGAUCAAUCGACGACGGGGACGUGGCGACAAGGGCCCUCUCUUCAUACAUUCAAAAAUGUCGGCACCAGGGGCGAGGUCGUUCUUCUUUCCCAUGACGAGGCUUUCGCUGAACCAGACGGUCUCUAGCAGAGAAGUGGUCAAGAUGCGUCUCAUGACAUAUCUAAUCGAGAAUUAUAACACCUUUCAUCUGGCUGGUCAGUGGUCCCCCCACGCAAAAACUCGAUUAGCCUUUCGAAGCCAGCACCUAAGGGCCUUCCUGAGGCCCGAUGACUUUCCUCACUCCCCAUGGCGCAGCGGUAAUGUGGUUGUGCCACUUACACAAAGUAUCUGUAUCGGAUCCAUUGAAGUUCUUGGUAUAGCAGAAUCAAACUACCUGAACUCAGCGGCUCUAAGAAGUUACCUCCAACAGCAUCUUCUAUCUGAUAGAAAGGCCAGUAUGCCUCGAUCUCUGGUUGAUCAAGUGUUAUUGGAUGGAAACAUUCCCAACACUCGGCGUUACAGGGACCUCCUGACAACUAUGUGGAGAUCUUUGUGUGAAGAACAUGACAUUCACCCCUGGCGUUUGGACACCUCGAAGUCACUCAAUCUGUCGAUCCUUUGGGUGGCCAUCAAGCGUCACGCCGAGGCGGCAGGUCUUAUUGAGGGCACAGACGAGGACGGGCGAAUACAAUUGAGAGAAUUCGGCCUGAAUUAGAAGGAAGUCUCAAACAUUGCUGAAAGUAUCGCUCCCCCGCAUUUGCGCACAGCCUUUUUCCCGAUCAAUUGCAUUUGGCUCUUCAAUCAAAAGCGAAGCGCCCUCUUCAACGAGGAAAUUCUGUUACGACAGAACUGGAAUCAGCUGAGCGAGGGGUUGCCGAAGUCUUUUGCCCCAAGCAGACCAAUCAAGCAUCACCCAAUCGUAAACGAGCGAAUUAUACGUAUCUGCAGAGCUGAGGUUCAUAGGCUAUUGACGAAGAACGACCUUGUUAUGGAAGUGCGUACAAAUGACAUAACCCAAGUCAUGUUGACUGUCCCGGUGAUGUCUGCGGAGUAUCUCCCGAUCACCAGGAUUCUCAGACAGCUCCAACGAGACGUUUCCCAAUGUCCGCGGGUACAGG